AUGAAAGGCCAACUACCGCACGAUAUCAAGAAGUUCCAUGAGCAAUACGGCGAUAUUGUCCGCCUGGCUCCAGACGAGCUAUCGUUUGUUGACCCUACCGCUUGGAGGGAUAUCUACCCAAAGAACUUUGUCCGUCCAAACGAGUACAAGGACCAGCCUCCAGGCAAGACUGCAUCAAACUUGAUUGCAUGCACCGAAGAGGAGCAUGCUCGUUUCCGGAGAAUUCUAGCACCAGCGUUCUCGGAGCGAUACACAGCAGCCCAGGAACCUCUAGUGCGUUCGUAUAUCGACAAAUGGAUCUCGAAGCUCGAAACCCGCAUCGCAAACUCGCCGGAAUGCCUAUCAACAGACAUUGACGCUGUGGAGUGGAUCAACUAUUUGGCAUUCGAUAUUAUUGGAGAUCUGGUCUGGGGCUCUUCGUUUGGCUGCCUGAAUGGUCUGACGACCCAUCCAUGGAUCCAGACCGUCAGCCAGUUCAAGGCAGCCACAAUAGUCGUAUCUGCGAAGUUCUACCCUGGGCUAUAUGGAACUCUCAUGGCAAUCACACCAUCUUCUGCAUUAAACGAGGUGAUGGAGAUGUGGCGCAUCACUGAACAGAAGGUUCGUGAAAGGAUUGAUAACGGCUCCAACCGGCCUGAUAUUAUCGGUCAUCUUUUGGAGUCGGAGAAGGAUCCUGCAGCGGAAUCGAUGAGCCGUGAAGAAAUGGAAGUCAACGCAAUGAUGCUGGUGGCUGCGGGCAGCGAAUCGAUUACUACUGUGUUGACUGGACUACUCAACUACCUUCUGCGUAACCCUGGCGACCUGACCGCAAUCGUAGAUGAGAUCCGAACAACUUUCACCUCUGGAGACAUGAUCGUGGGAUCCAAGCUAAAGCAGCUUCCUAUUCUCAACGCUACACUCAGCGAGGGCAUGAGGCUUUGUCCGACCAUCCCCGAUGCGAUGCGUCGCAAUGUUCCACCUGGAGGAGGCAUUGUUGCUGGCCAUGCCCUGCCUGCAGGCACAGUGGUCUCGAUUCCGCCAUGGGCUACCUACAGAGCCCAGCGAAACUUUGGCGAGCCGGAGCGCUUCUUGCCUGCGCGUUGGCUCAGUGAUGCAAAGAGCGGCUCGCGAGAUAACAAGGCUGCCUUCAACCCAUUCUCACUUGGCCCUCACAAUUGCCCUGCGCAGAAUUUGGCCUGGCUUGAGCUGCGUUUGAUCCUGGCGAAACUCUUGUGGACUUAUGAUGUGACUGUUCCGCCGGGAACCGAUCUGCCACGGUGGGACGAGCAGGGCAUCUGGUGGUUCUGGGACAAGCAACCCACUAACAUCCGUUUGAGCCGUAGGAUUUGA